GCCUCUUCGGUCAGGCCAGAAAGGAGGUGGAACUCGGUGAUUCGGCUUGCGGUUUCCCAGCCGGACCGAAAAGAGCAGCGCACCGAGCGUCGCGGGAGCAGCUCGUUGGUCCUCUGCUCUCGCGACAUGGCCUUCAAUUUUGGGGCUCCCACGGGCACCUCGGGCACCGCUGCAGCCACCGCGGCUCCCGCGGGUGGGUUUGGAGGAUUUGGAACAACAUCUACAACUGCAGGUUCAGCAUUCAGCUUUUCUGCCCCGACUAACACGGGCACUACUGGACUCUUCGGUGGUACUCAGAACAAAGGUUUUGGAUUUGGUACUGGGUUUGGCACAACAACAGGAAGUAGUACUGGUUUAGGUACUGGUUUGGGAACUGGACUGGGAUUUGGAGGAUUUAAUACACAGCAACAGCAGCAAACUACAUUAGGUGGUCUCUUCAGUCAGCCUGCGCAAGCUCCUACCCAGUCCAGCCAGUUGAUAAACACCGCGAGUGCUCUGUCUGCUCCGACGCUACUGGGAGACGAGAGAGACGCUAUUUUGGCAAAAUGGAAUCAACUGCAGGCCUUCUGGGGGACAGGCAAAGGCUACUUCAGCAAUCACAUUCCACCCGUGGAAUUCACACAAGAAAAUCCCUUUUGCCGAUUUAAGGCAGUAGGUUAUAGUUGUAUGCCCAGUAAUAAAGAUGAAGAUGGGCUAGUGGUUUUAGUUUUCAACAAAAAAGAAGCAGAUAUUCGAAGCCAGCAACAGCAGUUGGUAGAAUCAUUGCAUAAAGUUUUGGGAGGAAACCAGACCCUUACUGUAAAUGUAGAGGGUAUUAAAACAUUGCCAGAUGAUCAGACAGAAGUUGUCAUUUAUGUUGUCGAGCGUUCUCCAAAUGGUACUUCAAGAAGAGUUCCAGCUACAACGUUAUAUGCCCAUUUUGAGCAAGCCAACGUAAAAACACAAUUGCAGCAACUUGGCGUAACCCUUUCUAUGACUAGAACAGAACUUUCUCCUGCACAAGUCAAACAGCUUUUACAGAAUCCUCCUGCUGAAGUAGCUAUUAAUAAUUUAUGGUUAAUUCCUGUACCAAUGGUGGGUUUCAAAGAGCUGCUCCGAAGACUGAAGGUUCAAGAUCAGAUGACUAAGCAGCAUCAAACCAGAUUAGAUAUCAUAUCUGAAGAUAUUGGUGAACUACAAAAGAAUCAAACUACAACCAUGGCCAAAAUUGCACAAUACAAGAGGAAACUCAUGGAUCUUUCCCAUAGAACCUUACAGGUCCUGAUUAAGCAAGAAAUUCAGAGGAAGAGUGGUUACGCCAUCCAGGCUGACGAAGAGCAGUUGCGAGUCCAGCUGGACACGAUCCAGUGUGAACUCAAUGCGCCUACUCAGUUCAAGGGCCGACUAAAUGAACUGAUGUCCCAAAUCAGGAUGCAGAAUCAUUUUGGAGCAGUCAAAUCGGAAGAAAGGUAUUAUAUAGAUGCAGAUCUGUUACGAGAAAUCAAGCAGCAUUUAAAACAACAACAAGAAGGCCUUAGCCAUUUGAUCAGCAUCAUAAAAGAUGACCUAGAAGAUAUAAAGUUGGUAGAGCAUGGAUUGAAUGAAACUGUCCACAUCAGAGGUGGUGUCUUUAGCUGACAGUUCACAGACCUGGUUACAAGUUUUGUGAAAUGCAUCUUCUUAGUGCACCAAGCCUUCCUUAAGAAUGAAACUGACCACAUGGAGGGAACAAAAAAAAGGAAAACAUCCUCUCCUGGCUUGGUUUUUUGAGAAGGUUCCUAACAAAUUACUGUUCUUCAAAUCUGAAAUAACAUAGUCACCUCACAGCUCUUCAAAGAAAACCUUUGAAAGAUUUCUAUCUGAAAGCUGUAUUUACUUUAAAAAGAAGUGCAUAAUUACCAAAAGUAUAUGUACUAUUGUACAUUUUUACAACAGCGUUUUCUUAAACAUAAUCAGUGUUUAAUGAUUAUUUGUCCAUUGAACUUGUACUCUGCUUUCCAUAGCAAGUAAAUAUAAAAUAUCUACUUUGCAUAUAACAAAAUAAACUGUAUGAUUACUUGGCUGUUGGAGGGUUACACUUCAGAAUGUAAAUGUACGUCAGUUUUUAUAUUUGCGAAUUCAUCUGUGGGAGGAGUAAAGAAAAU